AUGGCAACUGACUCGUUUCCCCAACGCUUACCUACGCUACAUCGGCUUGGGGUCCCUGAUCCUUCCAAUGUCUCUUCAUCCGAGGUAGCCACCGAGUGGCUCGACGCUUUCUCAGCCGCAAUAACUCAAAGUGAUACCACAGCUGUUGUCGACCUCUUUCUCGAGGAUGGCUUCUGGAAGGACGUGAUCGCACUGACAUGGGAUUUCAGGACAUUUGAAGGAAGGAAGGACAUCAAGAAACUCUUGGAUGCUCGUCUCGUUGCUACGGGUCUUAAUGAACUGCGUCUCCUACAGACGGAGCCCUUGAAUGGACCCUUCUGGUUGCGGUUUUGCUUUGAUUUUACCACCAAGCAUGGCAAGGGUACUGCAGUCGCUUAUCUCGUUCCCCUUCCAGAUUCAAAGUGGAAGGCCUACAGUCUGUUGACCUGUCUUAAUUCGUUGACCGAUUUCCCUCAAAAGCUCGGUCCCCUCAGAAACUGGGAGACUGAUCAUGGCAGUUGGGAAGAGAAGCGGCGUCAAGAGACUGAGUUCUCAAUCAAUGACCCAACGGGCUUGAAGUACAUUGGUGUACCCACGCUUGUCAUUGAUAAGAAGCCCAGGGUUGGGGAUAGCUGGAGAGAUCGUUACAAGGCUCUUUGUCUGCAUACUACGAUCUGGCACAGCCAAACGCCUUACCUGAACUUUCCACCAACAUGGCCAGUCUACACCCCAGCCGCAAAACUGGCAGACUGGUUGGAAGCAUAUGCGAGCUUCCUUGAGCUCGACGUUUGGACGGCCUCGACGAUCACCAAGACAUCCUGGAACGAUAGCACGAAAACCUGGUCCGUCGAAGUCGAUCGCGGCGGUAAAGGUACUAGGAUUCUGACCGUUAAGCACCUCGUUUUUGCCACUGGAUUUGGUGGUCGCCCGAAUGUGCCCGACAUCCCUGGGAAGGCAAGCUUCAAAGGGUCUGCCGUGCACUCGUCAGAGUUCAAAUCCGCGGCUGAUCAUAUCGGUAAAAAAGCAAUCGUGGUCGGCUGUUGCAAUUCUGCACAUGACAUUGCCCAAGAUUUCUGUAGUCACGGUGUCGACAUCACAAUGUAUCAACGAUCGUCAACGUUUGUGAUCUCGAAGGAGUCACUGGCUACAAUGCUAGGCGUUGUCUAUAAUGAUGACUUCCCCACUGAGCUGGCUGAUACUUACAAUACCUCGCUGCCUUGGGCAGUUGUUAGGCGGCUGCAUCAACGUAUGGUUCCUAUAGUCGCUGAAACCACAGACAAGGCGAUUCUAGAUGGAUUAGCUAAGGUUGGCUUUCAAGACCAAUCUCGGCAUACAUGGAGCAGGUCUUAUGUCCCUUUUCCUGGAGCGUGGUGGUGGCUACUACACACCGGAGCAAGUAAAUCUAUCAUCGACGGGAAUAUCAAAAUCAAGAACGGUUCUGCAAUCGAGUCCUUCACGGAAAACGGCCUUCGAUUUGCUGAUGGCACCGAGCUACAGGCAGAUAUAAUAGUAUUUGCUACGGGUUACGGCGAUCCCCGUGACUUCAUGCGCGAGGUCUGUGGAGAUGAAGUCGCAUCAAAAAUCACCAGGAUCUGGGGUCUAGACGAAGAAGGGCAAUCUGCGGGAGUGUUGAAGUACUGCGGGCAUGAUGGACUGUGGUUCGCAAAUGGUGGUUUUGCUCUAUUGCGCUUCCACAAUCUCCAUUUGGCCAUGCAAAUCAAAGCAAUAGAAGAAGGUAUUUUGAAUAAGGCAGAUAUAGUUAUUUGAUGACAUUUCGAAGAUCUGCUCAUAAUCAGGGCUGGAAGAGUACUUAUCGUGUAAAUGAAAGGUUGUAUGGACGAUGAAUUCAAGGCCGGAGCCUUCAUACAUGGAAAACAAUAUUUUGUCGGACUGAAAUACAUCAUGAUGUCACCAAGUUGUCGAAGUCAUCUUCUGGUGCUAUAGUCUACAGUACUACUGGGUGACUAGUAGUAGUUGUG